AUGAGCUCACAGCCUGGGGCAAGCUCUCAGGUCAGUCAGCCCAAUAACCAGACGCAGUCAGCGAACCAGAAAAAUAAACCACCCCACACCCCCGAGGAUGAUGACCACCCACCUCUCUUUUUGGGCUCCAGUUCCGCGAAGGAUCCUAUUUCUGAUAAGGACCCUGCUUUUGAGAAGGACACCAGCUCUGGGGAGGAUACCGAUUCGAAAAAGGAGGUCAGCUCUGAGGAGGACGCUGACCCUGAGAAGGACUCAGGCCACGGGGAGUGCUCAGGUCACGAGGAAGAUGCCGCUUCCGAGGAAAACGCCGAUUCUAGGGAGGGCUCCGGUUCUGUAACCUCCAGUCCAGGAAGACUGGCCCAUGUUUUCAGGGCGGUGCGGGAUGACCGUGAAGUGAGACUUGCCUGCCCUUGGGAAGAAGGUUACCUUGAUCUUCCAGGCGGGCCUCUUCGGCCUCCUGGCAAAAUCUUCAAUCCUUUCGAUCCCGGUUGGAAUCUUGCUCGCAACAGAAUGGAUGCGCUUGGCCAUCCCUAUUGGUAUUUCGACGGCCCUAAACCGGACAACAACACUGGGUAUAGAUUCUGGAGACAAGCUCAAAGAGCGGCACGAGUGUGUAUCUAUCUUCUAUGGGCGAGGGGCCCACUGAACCUAGUCACUAAGGACCUGGUGGGCCUCCUGAACAUGGAUUCGCGCCCAACUGGUGCAAGUGGCCUCCCGGUUUUGAAGCUAUUAGCCAUCAAGUGCUUUUUUACUAUGCUCAUGGACAACAGGAUGAAAAGGCUGACGACGUGGCCGAUGACGGAUGAUGCUAGUUACGCUCGGCGUAACCAAUUCACGGCCUACGUGCUCUCUGAUGUGUUUCUUUGUUUUGAAUUCACGGGCCGAGAGGGCGAGCCCACAGUGGGAAGGAUGCGGAAAGACAUGUAUACUUACGAUUGCAUCAACACCUGGCACUUUGAAGGUUUGGCGGCCGGGAGCGACAAGAGGGGCGUCAAAAGAGCCCGGUUCUGGAACUUCAGGUUGGUGGAAGAGUUGGGAAGGCAUCUUGACCGCUUUUUACUCCCCCCUAACCCGGACUACAAGGACUGGGCAAAGUAUGAACACGACAAUUGA